ACCCGGAAGUUUAACAAAAAUUGUUGCUAGCGUUUUUCACUUUUCAUAGACAGUAAAAGCAUGAGUAAAAGCUGUUUUUAGAUUUUUAGUAGCUACAUUGCUCCUGAUCGUCUGUAGUGGAAGAGACAUAAAGGGUUUCUGAAUGGAUCACUUCGAGCAGGAUUUAGUUGAUGCGCUUAAAGACAUUGUCAAGGCUGGAAACUGGCAGUGUGUGGGAGACAAAUCUAAAUUUAAGUCACCAUGCACGAAGUUUUACUCAGAUGAUGGAGAGCAUAUAGUCCUGGUUCAUACAGAGCAUGAUCAAUUCUGGGCUAUGGAUUCAUCUUGCCCACAUGAAGGGGGCCCACUUGAGCAAGGUGAUAUUGAGGAUCUGGGCAAUGGGAAACUGGCAUUGAUUUGCCCAUGGCAUUAUUUUGAUUUCAGCCUUGAAACCGGUUCCUCUUCCUCUGGACUACAGAACCAGGUGUAUGAUGUCCGAGUACUGGAUGGAAAAGUGUACAUAAAUACUCAGAGCACACUGUCCCUCUGUCCCAUCCCAGAGGCAAAGAUAACCUGCAAAGAUAGUUUGCCCAUCGAAUUAAACUCCUCAGAAAACACUCUUUGUGCGUGGGCCACCAAAAUCCUUCACACCCCAGACCCACAGGAAAAGGUUUCAUUGACCAAGAUGGUGCAAGAGAACUGGAACAGUGGGAAAAUAACAGAAACUGGAGAGGCCAGCCCUCCUGCACAUCCCUACAGAAAAGACAAUCUAACUGUUGUAGAGCCUGGAAAAAUUAAACGAGGCAAAGGCGGCACACUGGCGAGUAGGAUUGCCUUAUUGCACUCACUUGCUAACAUAGAGCAGUGGGCAAUAGACCUGUCCUGGGAUGUGAUAGCAAGAUUCUCCACAUUUAGACUGAGCACUGGAGAGCCAUUACCUCGCCAGUUCUUUGAUGACUUUGUCAAAGUAGCAGGAGAUGAAGCUAAGCAUUAUCAGUUACUAGAGCAAAGGAUUAUGGAACUUGGCAGCUUCUUUGGUGCUUUACCAGUACACAAUGGUUUAUGGCAGUCAGCAACCGAUACAUCUCAUGACAUUUUGGCAAGGCUAGCUAUAGUGCACAUGGUCCAUGAGGCAAGAGGUUUAGAUGUGCACCCCAAGACUCUGUGUCGCUUCGCCUCUCAGGGAGACACAAGCUCAGUGAAGGUGUUGGAGGUGAUUUAUGCUGAUGAGAUCACACAUGUGGCUGCAGGGCUGAGAUGGUUCACAUAUAUCUGCUCACAUGAAGGAUGGGAUUCUUUGAAAAUGUUCCAUGAAUUGGUGAAGCUGCAUUUCAAAGGGUUUUUGAAGCCUCCGUUCAACACAGAAGGAAGGAAGACAGCAGGAAUGACAGAAGAGUGGUAUGUUCCUCUUGUGAAACCCUCCAGCUUACAAAAGACCUCCUGAUUGGACUUAUUUUUAUUCAGAAAGAAAAGCUGCUUUGGAUCCUGAAAAAAGGGACUCCGAAUGGAGAGUGUGCUUGCAUGAUUCAGAUGCAGCUUAAGCGUAAAAAAAAAAAUCAUAGAAUGGAUAUGUGAAUCCAGGAAUAUUUGCAUACAUUUUUUCAAGUAACCACUGUUUAUAGGUUUCUUUAAUUAUUGUGUAAGAAAUUUAAUUUAAUCGAUGACCUUUAAUUUGAUGGGUUUCAUGUAAUAUAAUAUUGUUUUUAGCAGUUCAGUGGUCUUACUGGAGGGGGCGCUGAGAGGUUGUUUUGCUCUCAGUUGAGGUUUUGGUGCUAGUGUUGUAUUUAACUGGUGGUUCUGAGUAGUUUUUCAUCUUUUGAAGAUACAGGUGAAACUUGAAAAAUUAGAAUAUCAUGGAACAGUUCAUGUAUUUCAGUAAUUAAAAUUAAAAGGUGAACUAGUAUAUAUAACUAUAUACAUGAUUAUACUUUUCAGAGGGUCGACAUUUCUGUAUUUAAAAUCCUUUUUUUAUUGAGUUCAUGUAAUAUUCUAAUUUCUAAUUCAAAUUGAUUUUGAAUUUGAGCUUUUCAUAAACUGUAAGCCAUAAUCAUCAGAAUUAUAAAUUUUGCAUGAUAUUCCAAUUUUUCGAGUUUCACCUGUAUAACACUUAAUACUUAUAUCAUUUAAUAAUUCUUAUAUCAGCAUUUAAUAACUUAAUCCACAUGCUGAAACGCAUGAACAUUCAAAAACAACUAAAACGGCACAAGGGGUAUAUAAACAAUCAAUUUGAGACAAAGUAUGUCUGAUAAAGGCAUGUGGCUUGACAUUUCAUGUUUUUUGGUGAGAGUACCAUUAAAAAUUCAUUU